UAUUUAUAUGAAUUAGAGCUGAUAACGGGAUAAAUUGACAAAUUUCUAAAUGUCAUGGGUGAUAUGGUAAAAACAAAAAAAAAUCAAUUUGGGGUAACUUGGACCACUUGUAAGUUGAGGGGUCAGCUAAGCCGUUUUUAAUCUUAAUUCCUAUCUUCCAGCGGCAGGGAGAGAGAUAUUAUUAGUGAGGCAGCCAACAUCUUAAACACCAGACAUUUUCUCUGGUUGCUCGCCUGGAAAAAAGAAGAAGAAGAAGAAGAAGAAGAAGAAGAUAUUGAAGCAAGAAAGCUACUUCCUUUAAACUCCAACCAUUAAACCCAAAACCACUUCCCUUUUUAAGCUCCAAAUGAUGAAAGCAUACACUGCAAUUCGCUCCACCCAGCUCACUUGUCUCUCUAGAGGAGUUUUGCAAGUUUCAAGGCCUUGGCUAUCUUUUCCUAGGAAACUCUUCUUUUGCCAAGCAGCCAUUGAUGGAUCAGUCGGCUUGAGAGUGGUGCCUCCAACCCUAUUGGCAGCAGAAAAAGAAGAAGCCAAGGCUGUCUUAACCUUGUUCUUGAAGAAACAAGGUUUGAGCAAUGCAGUUGCUGUGAGAACUACCAAGUCGUCAGACCUGUUCAUUGACCACCUCGUCGCUAGGCUUCAUUCUGUUCAUAAAUCUCGGUAUCUAGUAGGACGAGAGCUCACAACUCUAGAGAUCAGGGAUGCUCUCAUUCCGUACCUUGAAUCUCUACUUGAAGAGCAUGGAAGUGUUCUGGUAGAUUUAGUGGAGAACUUUUCAAACCCACCUGAUAAAGGAAAGCCAGUUGCACUUGUUACUCCACCCAAAGUAACUGUCAACUCUAAGAAACUGAAAGCUGUGUCCAGAGUAAGUGAGACAGGCCCUGCUGGGCAGCUUCCUCCUCAUAUUCUCUAUCUCAUGGACCUUGGCAUGGAUCUUGAGCAGAUCAAAGGCAUUACAAGCAGAUUCCCUGCUUUUGCUUACUACAGCUUGGAGGGCAAAAUUAAGCCAGUUGUUGAGUUCCUUCUUGAUCUUGGGAUACGCAAGACAGAUCUUCCAACUAUCUUUGUUAGAAGGCCCCAACUUUGUGGAAUUAGUCUCUCUGAAAAUCUCAAACCCACUAUGACAUUCUUGGAAAAUUUGGGUGUGGACAAGAGACAAUGGGCUAAAGUUAUAUACCGUUUUCCAGCACUUCUUACUUACAGCAGGCAAAAGGUUGAGCUGACUGUAGAUUUCCUUAAUGAGAUGGGCCUCUCAGCAGAAAGCAUCGGUAAGAUUCUAACUCGAUGUCCUAACAUUAUAAGUUACAGUGUGAAUGACAAACUAAGGCCGACAGCUGAAUACUUCCGUUCGUUGGGGGUUGAUGUUGCUGUUCUUCUGUACCGAUGUCCACAGACUUUUGGUCUCAGCCUCGAGGCCAACUUGAAGCCUGUCACAGAAUUUUUCUUGGAAAGGGGAUACAGUAUAGAGGAAAUUGGAACUAUGAUUCAAAGAUAUGGAGCUUUAUAUACUUUUAGCUUGGCAGAGAAUUUGAUACCAAAAUGGGACUUUUUUUUGACCAUGGAUUAUUCAAAAGAAGAGCUGGUGAAAUUUCCUCAGUAUUUUGGCUACAGUUUGGAAGAGAGGAUAAAACCAAGGUAUGCACUAGUGAAGGAGGCUGGGGUCAAACUGCUGCUGAACCAGGUUCUAUCAUUAUCAUAUUGCAACUUUGAUAAGGUCUUGAAAAAGAAAAUUCAGAAAAUGCUUUCUGAGAAGGCCUUAAAUGAUUGAAAUAGCGGUGAAGAUCGUCAAGAAGGAAUUGAAGAGCGAGGCUUCUUAGUGAUAGUAUAAUAAUUCAGGGUGACCAUUGUGAAAUACCGUGAUGGAAUAAUUGCCUGGUCAAUACAGUAUUGAUGCUCUUAAUGGACACAAUUAUGUCGUGUCGAUGAAAAUACAAAUGCAGAGCUGCAUUUGUAAGAUGGGGCAUAUCUAUUAUACUCUGCGAGCUGAUUAAACAUAUUCAGCAUGCCCAUGUUGCUAUUACAGUAAAGUUUAAUCGGCUGGAUUUGCAGAUAAUGGGCAUGGCCUUAUUAGGAUGAACUAACUGGAGUACGAGAGUAGACAAGUUAGAUGCCUAAUCCUGCAUACUGAAUUCAGCAUGGUUUAUUUUUUUUAGAAUGGGAUUAUUUGAGAUGCACGGCAGCAAAAUGAAUCUGAUUUAUUCCCUUCUGUUGGAACAACCCUGUAUCUAUUUCUAUAGGAAGGCACUAUUAUGUUAUUCGUAGGCGUUCUGUAUGUUUCAGUAUCCUGUAUUUCAAAUGUUCCGUUGAAAAGAAGUUAUGUAUAUGGUCAUUAUUGUUCGAGAGAAAAGUGAUACAAAGUAGUGGUGGUGGUGUUCUUAUUCGGCAAACAAUACCAGAAAAUGAGCAUGGGGGGGGUUGCAUUUGGGAGAAAUGGUGAAACAGGCAGUGAUACUCUUGAUUGUUCAUAUAGUACUUGCGUGAUGUUCUGGGAAGUGAAAUGUUAUAUAUGCAUAUAUUAGUUGAUUGAAGAUGAAA